CUCUCCUCCCCACCCGUCCCCAACAUCUCAGGAGCACCCCUCUCCUCCGCCGGAAUCCCAAACCAGAGUUAAGAUAAGAUUGAUUUCCAUUUUAUAAUCAUAUUUAUUUACUCAUUCCCCUAUAAAUUGGCAAGGAAUCAAGAGGAAAGAAGAGACACAUCUCACUCUGAUUGAAGAUCCUACUACUACUACUACUACUACUACUCCUCCUCCUCCCUCUGCUUUCUCCUGUUCAAUUUCUUCACACACGCACACACACACACACACACACACACACAUAUAUAUAUAUAUAGCGAGGGAGAGAGAGAGGGAGAGAGAGAGAGAUUUCAUUGACAUGGAUGGAGCCAAAUUUGUGAUUGAGGCCACAGAGGCCGAACAAAUGGCCAGAGAUUCCGGCCUCUCUAUCCUCCAGCUCCUCCCAACGCUGCUCCCCUCGGCGCAGCCGCUGGCUCGCCCGCCCAUCUCCAAGUUCCAGGUGGCCGCCGCAGGGCUGGGUUCCGACGGCCGGAUCUUCCUGGGAGUGAACCUGGAGUUCCCCGGCGUCCCCCUCCACCACUCUGUCCACGCCGAGCAGUUCCUCGUCACCAACCUCGCCGUCCACGGCGUCCCUCGCCUUAUCGCCUUCGCCGUCUCCGCCGCCCCCUGCGGCCACUGCCGCCAGUUCCUCCAGGAGCUCCGCCACGCCUCCGACGACCUCCGAAUCCUCAUCGCCUCCGACGAAUCCCCCACUUUCAAGCCCCUCUCCUCCCUCCUCCCCUCGCCAUUCGGCCCCUUCGAUCUCCUCGACGAGAAAACCCCUCUCCUUCUGGAGCCCCACGACAAUGGAUUGCUCAUAGCGGCCAAUGCCUGUAAUGGUGAAUGCGAAUCGGAUUCCGAUUCGAAAUUGGAGGCGGCGGCCCUCGAAGCGGCCAACAGUUCGCACGUGCCGUACAGCGGCUGCCCGUCCGGGGUGGCUUUGAUGGACUGGGAAGGGAAUAUAUAUAAGGGUUCGUAUACGGAGUCCGCCGCAUAUAACCCCAGCUUGGGGCCGGUGCAGGCGGCGCUGGUGGCGUACAUGGCGGGAGGCGGCGGCGGGUACGAGAAGAUAGUGGCCGGAGUUUUGGUGGAGAAGGAAGGGGUUUUGGUGAGGCAAGAGGACACGGCUAGGCUACUGCUGAAGUUGGCUUCGCCUAAAUGCAAGCUUCGGGUGUUUCAUUGCGUCUCGGCUUCGACUCCAAAAGGUCGGAUGAAGGCUUCAAUUUGAUGAUCAAUGGUCUUGGUGGUGGUUUAAUCGUCCCUCUUUCUCGUAGCUAUUCAUCAUCUGCAUGUUCAUUGUGUAGUUCUGAAUCUUCCCUGUUGUAUGCUCAAAACAAAUAAAUUUAAAAAAGUAAAGAUAUUUUUAUUAAUGUUCAAAA